AUGCCUGAACAUCGCGAAAAAGCAACACUCGGCCGUGUGCGUCUUCAAGAUGAGACAACAGGGGCUACGCUCCUUGUGCCCCAACCGUCGUCCGACCCUAAUGACCCUCUUAACUGGUCAAAGCCAUUCAAGGCCUAUGUUGCCAUACUUACUUGUCUGGCCCUACUCUGGGUCAAUUUCUUUGCAGCUGGCCCCUCAGCGGUUAUGGUCGAAAUAGUAAUCGACCUCUACAAAGCGUAUCCCCCGGGCCCCAGCAACCCCGCCACCCUGACCCCCGCGGCGACAGCAGCAUUUUCGUCAGCGGUGACCAAGGUGGCCCUACUCUUUUCUACGGCAUCACUCGCCGCUGGUGUGUGCAACCUCAUGUGGGUUCCCCUCGCCGUCAAAUACGGCCGUCGCACGGUGUAUACUUGCUCCUUUCUCGUUUUUGGGCUUUGCUGCGUCUGGGCGGCAAAGGCUACCUCGUACACUAGCCUCAUCGCUGCAAGGAUCAUAGCAUCUUGGUUUGCAGGCAGCGCCGAGUGCGUCGCUCCCAUUACGAUUGCCGAUGUGUUUUUCCUUCAUGAAAGGGGUCAAAUGACAGCGGUCUACUCGGCCGCACUCUCGUCUGGUGCCUCUCUGGGGUCUCUCGUCGCUGGAGUCAUGUCAGCCUCACAGAACUGGAGGACAUUCCACUACUUGUGCGCUGCUCUUGUUCUAUGCACGACAGCUUUAAUUUUCUUCACCAUGCCCGAAACCGCAUUUCAACGAGAUGCAGUCGGAUCCGACGAUGAGACAAAUGAUAAAGUCCCCGCAUUUUCCGAGGUGGAGAGCAUUCAGGUAGUCAACACCCCAAAGAAGAAAACUUUGAUCCAUCGGAUGGCGUUCCGUCGAUCUCCUCUCACUCAUGAGUCAAUCUGGAAGAUUGCGUUGCGUCCAAUGACCGUGAUAUGGAUCCCCUCCGUUCUUUGGUCGACAGUUGCCUUCGGUAUAGGAAUCGGGAUUUUCGUCGUCGUGUCCACCACCGCCGCAACCGCUUAUACACAGAUUUAUCACUUUACCAACUGGCAAGUCGGCUUGGUCUGGAUCGCGAGCAUCAUCGGUAACGUGCUGGGCAUGCCAUUUGGUGGAUACUUUUCAGACUGGGUAGCCAGCCGCGCUACUUCGAAGAAUGGUGGCAUUCGCGAGCCGGAAAUGCGUCUUCCUGCUGUGAGCGUCGCCAUGUUCUCCUACCCGGCAUCACUCCUUCUCUAUGGCCUGGGUAUCAAUUACAAAGCGCAUUGGAUGGUUCCAACCCUGGGUAUCUUCCUCUUCUCUUUUGGGAGUAGUGCUGCAAUCGGUAUCAGUGUGGUUUAUACAAUUGACUGCUACAGGCCAAUUGCUGGGGAGAUUGUGGUGGCCCAGGUUGCCUUUAAAUCAAUCGUCACAUUUCUCAUGUCCUUCUACGCAAAUGCUUGGAUCGAUACGAGUGGCUAUACAGGGGCCUUUGGAACCAUGGCUGGGUUUAGUUUCUUCGUCUUGGCCCUCUGGCUUCCGCUGUAUAUAUGGGGCAAAAGGAUUCGUCACGCUACUCUCAAAUGGCGCAUCAUGAGACUGGCUCACUGGGAUUCGGACAGGGAGACAGGAGAAUAG